AUGGGAAAGCAUGCUAAGAGUACUACUGCUUUCUUUGUACUUCUUUUAGUGGUGGUGGUGUUGAACUUAGGCUUGGCUAAGGGGCGAAGGCUUGAGGAGAAGGAUGGAGGCUUUGGCAUUAACGGUGGUUAUGGUGGUGGUGUCGGAGGGGGAGGGGGCAUAGGAUAUGGUGGAGGCGGAAAAGGUGGUGGAAUAGGUGGAGGUUCCGGGGGUGGUGUUGGAAUAGGUGGAGGUUCUGGGGGUGGUUUUGGAGGAGGAGGCGGUGCAGGAGGUGGAAUAGGUGGCGGUUCUGGGGGUGGUGUUGGAGGAGGAGGCGGUGCCGGAGGUGGAAUAGGUGGAGGUUCCGGGGGAGGUGUUGGAGGUGGAAUAGGUGGCGGUUCCGGGGGAGGUAUUGGAGGAGGAGGCGGUUCCGGAGGUGGAAUAGGUGGCGGUUCCGGGGGAGGUGUUGGAGGAGGAGGCGGUGCCGGUGCUGGAGGUGGAAUAGGUGGAGGUUCCGGGGGUGGUGUUGGAGGAGGAGGCGGUGCUGGAGGUGGAGGUGGAAUAGGUGGUGGUGCUGGAGGUGGAAUAGGUGGAGGUUCCGGGGGAGGUGUUGGAGGUGGAAUAGGUGGCGGUUCCGGGGGAGGUAUUGGAGGAGGAGGCGGUUCCGGAGGUGGAAUAGGUGGCGGUUCCGGGGGAGGUGUUGGAGGAGGAGGCGGUGCCGGUGCUGGAGGUGGAAUAGGUGGAGGUUCCGGGGGUGGUGUUGGAGGAGGAGGCGGUGCUGGAGGUGGAGGUGGAAUAGGUGGUGGUGCUGGAGGUGGAAUAGGUGGUGGUGCUGGAGGUGGAAUAGGUGGUGGUGCUGGAGGUGGAAUAGGCGGCGGUUCCGGAGGUGGAAUAGGUGGAGGUUCUGGGGGUGGUAUUGGAGGAGGAGGCGGUGCUGGAGGUGGAAUAGGUGGCGGUUCCGGGGGAGGUAUUGGAGGAGGAGGCGGUGCUGGAGGUGGAAUAGGCGGCGGUUCUGGGGGUGGAAUAGGUGGAGGUUCUGGGGGUGGUGUUGGAGGAGGAGGCGGUGCUGGAGGUGGAAUAGGCGGCGGUUCUGGGGGUGGAAUAGGUGGAGGAGGCGGUGCUGGAGGUGGAAUAGGAGGCGGUUCCGGGGGAGGUGUUGGAGGAGGAGGCGGUGCUGGAGGUGGAAUAGGUGGCGGUUAUGGGGGUGGUGCUGGAGGUGGAAUAGGUGGUGGUUCAGGGGGAGGUGGUUUUGGUGGAGGAAAAGGCGGUGGAUAUGGAGGUGGUUUUGGUGGAGGAAAAGGUGGUGGGUAUGGAGGUGGUUUUGGUGGAGGAAAAGGCGGUGGACAUGGAGGUGGUAUCGGUGGAGGGUACUAA